AUGGGCAUUUUGCUCGAACUUGCGCAGAUAUUUCUAAUGGAAAUAAUUAUAGUGGCUCCAUAUGUUUCGGCAUUCACAAAUAAUACGAGUCACCAAAUGAACGGCAUGGCACAUAAUCCGCAGCACUCACACAGAGUUGACCUGACAUAUCCUGUGGAUGCGAAUCCAAAUGUACCACGACUAGUUCAGUCUAUAAAAGAUGCACCGUUUGAUCCAUUCACGGUGGAGCUCAUCACCACUGUACUUCAUCGGAUGACCAACAUGUCCACGGACAAUGUAAAUAGCACCACGUCUCUCCGACGGCAGCGCCGAAACAUACACCAAAAUCUCGUUCGUGUAAAAUUGCAAGCUUUUAUCUUCGAGGUGCAGAUGAAACGGUUGGAUCCAAGCAACAACGCUGCAACACACUUACGACAAGUGAUGCAUCCGUUCUCCCACAUGCCUCUUGAUCCGCAGUACACAGAAAAAAUUAUAACAGCAUACAAUCCGUUAGUGAUGCAAGAUGAAGUAUGCAAAGAAUUUGAAGACCUCCGGACGGACAAACACGUAGCGAAUACCUUUUUUAUCAUCAACGACGUUGGCACUUUUGUUCCUCGCCCACUACAUGAUCGACUGCAUCGACUAUUGUUUCAGAUUACAUCGGCCUUGGGAAUACCCACCAUCACAUGGCUGCCAAACAGAGUCGGUCAGUUCGAACUCGAUGACUCGCAGCUGGCAAUCCGUUUGGAACCACUCGCAUGGCACGUCUCCUACGCUCUAGUGGACUUCAUGUACGCAUACAACUGGAAUAUGAUUAUUCUGGUCUAUAACACAAUGGUAUCCGGCUCCAGUACCCUGGUAGAACAGAUGCGCGAACGUCAGGCUGAACACAGUGUCCCCGACAACCCAAAAUACUUCCCAUUUGAGAUCACUCACGAACUGGAGUUUACUGGUUUGAAUGCCACUGGUUACAAUUUAUGCAUCAAACCGUACGAACGGAUUCUUCGGCCAUGUAUGUGGCCUAUGGUGAAUAUUUUACAUCAAAUAUGGCUGGCUGACGCCAGAAUUGUGAUUUUCAACGGAGAUUUUUAUGAUUUGAACACGCUACUUUACAUUGCCGACAGUCUUAGGAACACCCAAUAUGAGUAUCUGAAUGAGUUAUUCGACAAAAGAUAUGUCUGGAUCUUUACUCCAUCUACCAUGAGUUCGCUGACGGUUGCUGACAGUCAAGAAAAUGUGUCCGUGGAUAAUCAGGUUUUGAAGGAAUCUACUAUGUUUCGUAGGAUUCCCGGGAUGUUUGGUUUGAUUUGUUUGAACGAUCUGGAGAGACGAAGAAAGUCCGCAGAGCUGGCUCGUGAGGUGUGGCAAAAAUCCAUGAUUGAACUGACCUAUCAGCUAACCACAAUUUAUCCCCCUGAGACCCAAAUCCAGUUGGAUUCAAUUACACCGGCCACCUUGGCAUACUUUGGACAGGUGUUAUCAAAGCUUCGACCAGAAAAGCUAUGUCAGGAUUCUGAACAUUUAACCUGGCAAUGGGGACGAAGAAUGUAUGACAUUAUGCGUUCUCUGGCCUUCACAUUUCGAGGCGAGCCAAUCAGUUUUAUGCCAAACGGAGGUCUCAAUGUCUCAACAAUGUAUGUUUACAACUCAAGAACAACUUCCGGUAGAAUGGAUUGGCAUAAAGUUGGCACAUGGUCAAUGAGCAGCAGAUGGGGUAAGUUCAGAUCGCGCCUCCGGAUCGAUGGCGUCACGUGGCCCGGUGGAGCUAAUUCACCGCCGAAAGGCCGGCCUAACAAGUUCAAGCUGCGUGUUGUCACAAUCAAAGAAAGACCAUUUGUGAUUUACCACAGGCUUGGAGAAGACGGAGCAUGCGACGCCAAUUCCUUGCCUUGCAAACUUCGACCUGUAUCUAUUGCUGACCUGGACGCGCCUAUCAAAGGCAGUUAUGCAAAGUUAUCCUCCGGACUGUCCGCCAAACAAACUACUGGAAUACGUCACACUGGCUUCGAUAAUCUUAGCCGUUCAUCGGCCAUCAAUAACUUCACAGAUUAUGUAAACGGUUGCUGUGCUGGACUUACCAUGGAUUUACUGAUGGAAUUAAUGAAAGACUUGAAUUUCGAAGCUGAUCUAUUUGAAGUGCCGGAUGGAUUGUGGGGAGCCUGGACGCCCGACGGAUGGAACGGAAUUAUCCGUACUCUAAUGGAUAACGAAGCUGAUAUGGCUAUUACCUCUCUAAAGAUAACCCCGAACCGGUCGCAGCAAGUAGAGUUUAGCGUACCGUUUUUGGAGACCGGCAUAGCAGUCACGGUGGCUUUACGAGAGGGAGCCAUCUCGCCGACUGCAUUUUUGAAACCAUAUGAUUAUCAGGCUUGGUGCCUCAUCCUCCUGUUCAGUGUACAUGCUAGCGGGGCAGCGUUAUUCCUUUUUGAGUGGCUCAGUCCAAAUGGCCUUAAUCGCGGAAGAAACGCGGAACACCGGUUCACAUUCUUUCGGUCCCUGUGGUUGAUCUGGUCGAUGCUGUUCGGCGCGGCAGUAAACGCUGAUAACCCACGUGGAGUGGCCUCCCGAUUUCUAGCAAACAUCUGGGCGUUGUUCGCUCUCGUAUUCCUGGCAUCAUACACGGCGAAUUUGGCCGCUUUCAUGAUAGCCAAAGAAGAUUACUACGAUUUAAGUGGGAUGAAUGAUUGGAGACUGCAACAGCCUUGGAAUGUCAAACCACCGUUUCGAUUUGCCACGAUACCAAGUGGUGCAACCGAAGAGAAUAUAAAAAUCAACUUUCCAGAAAUGAGCACUUAUAUCCAAAAGUUUAACCGAUCUACAGUGGAGGAGGGCCUUAAGGCUUUGAAAGCCGGUGAACUGGAUGCUUUCAUAUACGAUGCAAAUGUGCUCGAUUAUUGGGCUUCCAAAGAUGAAGGAUGUAAGCUCAGGAUUGUUGGCAAUUUGUACGCUAUGACUGGAUACGGAAUUGGAUUUGCUAAAGGAAGUCGUUGGUUGGAGAAAGUGAAUUCUAGGAUUUUGGAUUAUCAGAAAAAUGGUAAAUUGCAAAGAUGGAAAAAGUUCUGGCAAACAGGAUCUUGUCGGAAGGAUUCAGCGCUUGGGAAUACCAACAAAACUCUCGGCGUCAAGAAUUUUAUCAGUGCAUUUAUUCUCCUAUUGUGUGGAAUAUUCAUAUGCAGUCUACUUUUGGCACUUGAGUACUUAGUCUGCAGAUAUGUGCCGCCCAAGUACAGGCGUCUGAUUGGGACAACAUGGUGCACUACGGAAGUGAGGGUAAACCAGUUUGAUCCCACUGAUGAAAGGAAGCAAUUCAGCGUUCGUCAUUGUGAACAAACCAUGAACGGAAAUGAAUUGCAGUCAGCAAUAGAUCACGUGAGCGACUUCCAUAAGUGCGACAAUCCCCAGUGUCACAAACAACUGGUAGAAUUGAGGAGACAGAUUGACCAAUUACGGGAGAAAAUGGCACAACUACGGACCGGCAUGUCUAAUCACGAACAGAAUAAACCAUGGACAGCAGUGGACCCCAGUCUUCCAGCAAUAAAGAAAAGGACAGGAGUACGAAAGCUGCCCUGUGAAUUGGUAGAUGAUGUGCGCUUGACAGUCAAUCACUCGUCGAGUAUUCAAGCAGCCAAUGAAAAAAGAAAACAAAGGAGCACAUCAGAGCAGAGGAAAUUAUGGGAUAUAUAUUCCAAAGUCGCAGUCAUCCCCAUUGAGCCAAAUACGAUCGUCCAUAAAGGAGGUACUGAGAAGCAAGGGAGCGAAAAUCCUGAUGAGACAUGCACAAUUAUUCUGCCAAAGUUAGCAUCUUCACCUAGCAGCAGAAGAAGAAGAAAUAUCUUGCAUUAUGAACACGUGGCAACGUCCAAACACAGUGAUAGUUCAAACGACAUGCGAUUAUCUUUGGACAAAGAAAGACAGCGAACGGAAUUGCUGGUGAGCCAAAUUGACACCAAUCACUCAGCCUCCUUAGCAGUGACACAGAAUGGAAUUGACACAUUACUUGGAGAUGUUUGUCAGCAUAAACGUGGGGUCCACGUCUCUCACAUGGAAAAGCUAUUACCCGUAAAACAGGCUCAAUUUUCCGGGAACGAUUGUGGUGAAUUAGAAUUUUUACGUCCUAGAUUCUUAAAUAAUCAACCCUGUGGAUUGCGAAGCGCUAGAACUGAUCCCAAAAUGUUGAAAACUCUAAGGCCUGAAAGCGGCUGCUGUACUACACAAGAAAUACAUCCACCCAAUACGUGGGACAAAAGCGGAAAAGUCAAGACGGAGCGAACUAUUUCAAGCACCCAGUUACCCUUUGAGAAAGAAUCUGUUUUGUAA